GUGUUGAGUAUCGGCGGCGGAGGUCUGGAGGGUGCACUGCCGUCGCUCAGCUGUCCCCCCUGUCAUCCUGGGAGAGAGAGAGAGAGAGAGAGAGAGAGGGCGAGAGAGGGCGAGAGAGAGAAGUUUCCUCUGCUCGUUUACUUCACGCGAUGGCACGCCUGUAUCCGCGCGCAGCGCUGUUGCCUUCUGAGCACCGACGCUUUCAAGAGCUUUGAGAAAUUACCCCAAAAAGUGUCACCAAUGGCUGAAUUUGGAGAGAACAAGAGCGCCGUCGGUCCACCGGUUGCUGGCUGGAAAGCUGCGUCAGGAGGAGCCGGAACGAGCCUGGAGUCGCACCGAGGAGAGCCGGUGUCAAACGGAAACUGCAGCGUGUCAGACACCGUGAAGAGGGUCCAUAACGAGUCCAGCUGCGAGUCCCCGACGUGGGAGAGCGCAGGUUCAGAUUCAGCCUCCAAAGCGAUCCCUCGACGCAGCAGUCUGAUCAAGGACGGAUCACGUGCCGGUCGGGAGAGGAAGAAGACGGUGUCCUUCAGCAGCAGCCUGUCAGAGAAGAAGAUCAGCAGCGCUGCAGACUGUAUCCACUCCAUGGUUGAAGGGAGUGAGCUGAAGAAAAUCCGAACCAACUCACGUGUUUACCAGCGUUACUACCUGCUGGAUGCAGGACUUCAGGCUCUGUACUGGGAGCCGUCCAAGAAGGAGUCAGACAAAGCCCGCAUCUCUCUGGCCUCCAUACGAGAGGUACGAACAGGUCGUAACACAGAAACCUUCCGCACCAGUGGCGUUUAUGAGCAGAUUUCAGAGGACUGUGCAUUCUCCAUCAUCUAUGGAGAGAUGUAUGAAAGUUUGGACUUGGUGGCCAACUCCGCUGAAGUGGCUAACAUUUGGGUGACUGGCCUAAGGUAUCUGAUACAGUAUGGGAAACAUGCCCUGGACAUGCUCGCCAGCAGUCAGGACAGCCUUCGCCUUGGCUGGCUGGAGCAGUUGUUUUCCUCUGCUGCUGAUUCGGACACACUGGAAGACGUCGAGAAAGGCAUCCACUUGCAGUCAGCUGUUAGAUUGAUACAGAGCGUGAACCCUGGAGUGGGCAAGGGCAAAGUGGAGCACAGGUUCAAAGAGCUUCAGAGAGUUAGGGAGAAGAUGUGUGGUCUUGCUCUAGAUAAUGAAUCUGGAGUUAAAGAUCAUGGUGAAAACAAAAGACUAAUAGCAAGAAAUGAGCGAGUCACCCAGCAGGAGUUCAUCAAGGUCUUCCAUGACUUUUGCACACGCCCUGAGAUCUACUUUCUGUUGGUGCAGUUCUCUAGCAACAAGGAGUUCCUGGACACCAAAGACCUGAUGAGGUUCCUCGAGGCUGAGCAAGGCAUGGCUCAAGUGAGCGAGGAGACCAGCCUGAAGCUCAUCCAGUCCCACGAGCCAUCAGAGCAGGGCCGGCAGCAGGGAUUCCUGUCACUGGACGGCUUCACCAGCUACCUCACUUCAGUAGAGUGCCACCUCUUUGACAGGGAGCACGACACAGUGUGCCAGGACAUGUCCCAGCCUUUGUCUCACUACUACAUCAACUCCUCCCACAACACCUACCUCAUUGAGGACCAGUUUCGAGGUCCGUCUGACAUCUCUGGCUACAUCCGUGCCCUCAAAAUGGGUUGUCGAUGUGUGGAGGUAGAUGUCUGGGAUGGCCCAGAUGAGGAGCCAGUGGUGUGCACCGGACACACCCUCUCCCCACCUCUGUCCUUGCGUUGUGUGCUAGAAGCAAUUGGAAAGUUUGCAUUUGUGGCCUCGCAGUACCCGUUAAUUGUAUGUAUUGAGAACCACUGUUCACUUCAACAACAGAGAGUGAUGUUGCAACAUCUUGUGAGGAUACUAGGAGACAGGUUAUACACAGAUGCUCCAUACGAAGGGGAGUCAUACCUGCCAUCACCGCAUGCCCUCAGGCAUCGAAUCCUACUAAAAGGUAAAAAGUUGGGGCCAGGUCCUGAUGGGCAGGAUGGGGAAGUAAGUGAGGAGGAUGAAGGUGCAGAGAUGUGUCAAAGGAUUAAAGCAGCUAACAGUGGAGGGGCAGGAAAUGAGAAGGACACGGUGCAGAAGAGUGUCUCUUUCACAGCUGUCACUCAGUGUAGUCCUCUUCAUCUACUCCCCAAACGUUUCCAACUCUUGAAAGAACUCUCCAACCUAGUAACUCUUUGCUGCUCAGUCCAAUUUGUUGACUUCCCAACAUCAUCCAAAAGCCAGAAGCCUUGGGAAUUGUGUUCCUUUCACGAGUCUCUGGCUGUGCGUCUCGCUGGCGAGAACCCCGGCGAGUUUGUCAAUCACAAUAAGCAUUUCCUGUCCCGGGUGUACCCCAGCCCCAUGCGUAUUGACUCGAGCAACAUGAACCCUCAGGACCUGUGGAAAUGCGGUUGCCAGAUUGUGUCUAUGAAUUUUCAGACAGCAGGACUAAUGAUGGACCUGAACACGGCCUGGUUCAGGCAGAAUGGGAGCUGUGGUUACGUUCUGCGGCCGGCCAUCAUGCGGCAGGAGGUGUCUUAUUUCAGUGCCGACACCAGGGACACGGUGCCAGGGGUAUCUCCACAGCUGCUGCAUGUGAAGGUGAUAAGCGGACAGAACCUGCCUAGGCCGAGGGGGUCGGGGGCCAAAGGAGAUGUGGUGGACCCCUAUGUUUAUGUUGAGAUCCACGGCAUCCCAGCUGACUGCACAGAGCGUCGCACCAGGACGGUGAUGCAGAAUGGGGACAAUCCUGUCUUCGAUGAGAGCUUUGAGUUCCAGAUCAACCUGCCGGAGCUCGCCAUGGUUCGCUUUGUGGUCCUUGAUGAUGACUUCAUAGGAGAUGAGUUCAUAGGUCAGUACACCAUCCCUUUGGAGUGUCUUCAGCCGGGCUACCGGCAUGUACCACUCCAGUCUCUGACAGGGGAGGAGCUUCCCCACGCCAAGCUUUUUGUCCAUGUGGCCCUGACCAAUCGGAGAGGAGGGGGAAAGCCUCACAAAAGGGGACUGUCUGUGCGGAAAGCCCGCAAGGGGAGGGAUUACACAGCUCUGAGGGACUUGGGGAUCCGAGCAGUGGAUGAGAUUUUCAAAAUGGCUGCUCCUCCGCUGAGAGAAGCCACUGACCUGAGGGAAAACAUGCAGAACUCUGUAGCAGUGUUCAGGGAGCUGUGCGGGGUGUCGGCGGUGGCUAACCUCAUGCAGUGCGUUCUAGCUCUGGGCUCCAGGGUGUCAGGACCAGAUGGAGCACCUUUAUUACUGUUUGACCUCCGAGACCACUACCCCACACUGGAGCCCCAGGGGCCCCUGCCUGACGUCCUUCGUCGGGUUGUCUCCACUUAUGAAAUGAUGGUCCAGGCAAGCAGAGCAGUGAUCGAGCUCUCCGGUGGAAUCUAUGACAAGAUCCUGCAUAUACAGACAAUGGCCAUGGAGUUUCAUGAGAAGCUGCAGAGUCUGGCGGCGAAGGAGGGGCUGAGGGGUCGCAAGGUCAGCCGGGCGCUGGAGAGUUUCAGCUGGAACAUCACCAUCCUUAAGGGUCAAGCUGACCUGCUGAAGCACGCCAAGGCUGAAGUCCAGGAGAACAUGAAGCAGGUCCACGACGCUGCUUUGACUGGAAACCUCACCAAGGAGAGUCAAGGGGUAAGGAGAGUCCGCUCACAAACGCGACGAGGCCAGGAUGACAAAUCCAACACAAGAGGACCCUCGGCAUAGUAAGCAAACGAAAGAGGGCAUGACCAAAUUGCCAUCGUAGCUGCUGUGACAAACCCUUUUUCGUCUUAUUAAAAAUUCCAAGGUCUUACUCCGCCUUAGUGUCUAACUCUCACAAUGCUAUGGGAGAACUAUAGCAAGUACUGUGUUUUUAAAAGAGAAAAACAGAAGAGUUGAUGAAUGUAAACGUCUUCGGAAAGCAGCCACUGUCCACCCACCUGUCGCGAAUGACACUCAAGAGCAGCAGAAGUGCUGGUGAGAGGAGACGGGAGACAAAUGACGCCUGGGAGAUGAAUGUAGUUAGAUGUGAAGCCAAGGUUGUUUGUGUUACAUUAAACUGUAAAUACAACAAAUGUCUAUCAACCUCUCCGUAUGUGCAAUGUGUCUUGAAGAGGGAGGAAAAAUUUGUCAUUUUUCUUGCACAGAGUGCGAUGACUCAAAGCUCUGCCAAAAGAUGUUCAAAAUCUUUCAAAAACUUUUGAAAAACUGCCACCUCCACAUGUUAGCAGCUUGUGCUUCACAACGCAGCCAUCAAACAAUACAAAUCAAGGAAACAAAUCAAUACUGGGUUAAAAGGAACACAUGUUCUUGAUUAUAUUGAUAGGAGAUAUGCUGGAAUAUAUGGUUGUUUAUGGUAUAUUAACGUUAUAACUCUUGGACCACUGCAGCCCCUUUAUAUCACUCUCCAACUUAUUUCUAUUAAAGGGACAGUUCACAUCAAAAUCAAAUAUACAUAUUUUUAAUAUUACCCCUAGUGCUGUUUUAUCAAUCUUUGUUGCCGAGUGUUGGCGAUAUUUGCCUUCUCUCAGAUAUAUUGGAACUAGAUGGCACUCAACUUGUGGUGCUCAAAGCACCAAAAAAAAUACAUUUGAAAAACUCAACAUCAAUGUUUUUUUCCAUAAAUCAUGACCCAUUUACUCAUAAUCCACAGACUGUGUUGUGAGCACUUUCAUGGAGGAAAUGUUUUCUGUCUACCAAACUAGCCCCAACCAUCUGUAUUACUGGGCAGAAUAAGACGUGAAUCCUGCGUUGUGAUACAGUUGGCGGAUGUAGUAUGGUAGAAAGAAAAUAGUUCCUACUAGCUGAGCUAGUUCCAUUACACUGGAGAGAGGGAGAUAUCGCUGCAGCUGAUAUCUCCAACACUCGCAACUCACACCAAAACCAUCUAGAUUGAUUUAAUAGCACACAGGUAAGAGGAAGAAUAUGUAUUUUUGAUUUUGGGGUGAACAGUCUAUUCAAGCAUUUGUAGGUCCUGGAUUGCUGCUUUUCAUCCAAUCACCUUGAGGUCCUUUGUCUUGCCACAAAACCCUCCACUUCACCCUCUAAAUAUUGUUGUCUCACAUACAGUAUUAUAUAUUUUUGUAUUUUCCUGAAGCCCUCGUGCUAAUUAAACCACUUGCCAUAAUGAUCAACUCCAGACCUGUAAAUGUCUGCCUCUAGGGAACAAACAAUGUUAUGUUAAAAGUGCUUAAUUUGUGUGCAAAACACUGUACAGUAUUUUACUAUGUAAUUUCAAUCCUUUUGCUGUAAAGAAUAUUUUACAUAAGUUAUUGAUCCUGAAUGAAAACAUUCCAGUUGUCGGUGCAGUGAAUGAGGCUCGUCCGGUUUGGCUCUGUAAAAGGUUGCAGCUCACGAUUACAGAAAUAAACUAGUUUUUAAAUGACUGAU